GUGGUUUGUAUGUAAAAAUUCCAGAAAGCAUGGAUUUGGGAAAGAAAGGAGAGUGGGUCGAGAUUCCUCCUAUACCUGGUGCCUUGGUUAUCAACAUUGGUGAUAUGCUACAGAUAUUAAGCAAUGGAAGGUACAAAAGUGCAGAGCAUAGAGUUCGUACAACAAGCGCCAAGUCGAGAGUGUCAGUACCGAUAUUUACGAGCCCAAAGCCAACAGAGAAGAUUGCACCAUUGCCUCAAGUAGUAAAGGAAGAUGGAGUGACUCGUUAUAAAGCGUUUGUGUUUGCAGAUUAUAUGAAUAGCUUUUUCGGAAAUGCACAUGAUGGCAAGAAGUCCCUUGAUUUUGCACAGAUUAAUUCUGCUUGAUCUGGAUUCUGAGUUAUAUUUUAUUCCUGGCCUUAAUUCUAACUUUCUCUUGCCUUCUUAAUUAUU